AUGAGCACGACGACACUCACACUAUUCGGCCUUGUGGUCCUGGCCUCAAUAGCGACGGCCCAACAAUUCCCAAAUUUCCCGGGUAGCGGCAACGGAAAUGGAAAUGGCAACGGCAAUGGGAAUGGCUUCGGUGGAAACUUUGGCAAUUUCGUAGGCUUCAACAUCACAGAAGCGAUGCACAUUCGGAGGAUUCACGGAGUUCUUGCCACGAUCGCCUUCGUCAUCGUGUUUCCCGUCGGCUCGGUUGCGAUGAGACUCGUCCCUGGACGCUUUGGCUGGAUCGUGCAUGCUCUUAUUCAGAUGGCCGGCUUCGUCCUCUACAUCGCAGCAGCGGCCCUGGGUAUUCAGCUGACUCAGAUGGUCAGACUUGGUGGCACCAGCCUGUUCGAGAUCAGCACCAUCAACUUUCACCCUAUCAUCGGUCUCGUCCUCCUGGCCAUUUUCUUCUUCCAGCCCAUUUUCGGUUACAUCCAUCACGUGCAGUUCAAGAAGUACGGUCGUCGCCAAUUUUGGUCUUACCUGCAUCUCAUCAUCGGCCGUCUUCUGAUCCCGCUCGGCAUUAUCAACGGUGGUCUCGGACUGUACAUUUCCAACUCCCCCAGAGAAUUCAAGAUCGCCUACGCUGUACUCGCCGCCAUUCUCGGCGUGGCUUGGAUUCUGGUUGCUGCUAUCAGUGAAUUCCGUCGCAGUCGCCAGCCUCGUCAAGUUGUGGUAGAGGAUGACAAGAGAGGUGUGCAUGCCCCGAUCCCCCUCAACCCUGUUGGCGACGCCAGCCGCGGCUCCUCGGUCUCGGAUCCUUAUCGCAAGGUUUAA